UCCGCAUUAGCAGGAACUGCGCCUUUCCUCGGCCAUUUCCCCGACGCUUUGGAAAGACUCUUAUUUCCUGAAAUUUAAAUCACUGGCUAGCGGGUUCCUGCCCUGCUCGCUUCCAGUCUCCCUUUCUCCUCUCAGCCUCCUCCUGUCUGCCUGGGACCCCAUCCGCGAGCAAUGGUGUCCACAUCCCUGUGCUGACCGAGGAGGCAUCCCCAUUCGGAGGUCUCGCUUCUGGAUGUCGUGUGGCUGAACCCCUUCCUCCCAACCCUCUCCAUCGACCAAACCCCGCCGCUCUAGGAGGAGCCUAAAUAUCUCCUCUCCCCUAGCUGCAGGGGAUUGUGGUGCGUAAACAGGAUUAACUCUCUCGCCCCCAGCCACGCUGAUCUACCGGGGGCCUGCAGGCUGGCGAGCCCACGGGUGCCCGGAGGGCGCAGCAGGGGAAAUGGGCAGGCUCGGGGCCUCGCAGCUGUCCCUGCGGUGCGCUUCCUCGCCUAGUGGGGCGGGAGGCCACAGCCUCGGGAGCUGCUCCAGAGCCCGUGCGGACGGCCGCGACGGCGAGGGCUACUAGCGGCAGCCUUCCCUCCGCCUCCUCCCCCCUACUCGCGCUUCCUCUCCGCCCACCGCCCUCCAGCCGCCCGGUCACAGCCCGCGCUCUCCUCCGCCCCCCGGAGCCGCCGCGCCCGCCCUGCCGCCCUGUGCCCAGCCAUGGGGGACCUGCCCGGCCUGGUGCGCCUCUCCAUCGCGCUGCGCAUCCAGCCCAACGAUGGCCCGGUCUUCUACAAGGUGGACGGGCAGCGCUUCGGCCAGAACCGCACCAUCAAGCUGCUCACCGGCUCCUCCUACAAGGUGGAGGUGAAGAUUAAGCCCAGCACGCUGCAGGUCGAGAACAUUUCCAUUGGUGGUGUGGUCGUCCCACUGGAACUGAAGUCGAAAGAGCCUGAUGGGGACAGAAUUGUUUAUAUGGGCACAUAUGACACAGAAGGCGUGGCCCCAACCAAGAGUGGAGAACGACAACCCAUCCAAAUCACCAUGCCGUUCACUGACAUUGGGACCUUCGAGACGGUGUGGCAAGUCAAGUUCUACAAUUACCACAAGCGAGAUCACUGCCAGUGGGGCAGCCCCUUCUCGGUCAUUGAGUAUGAGUGCAAGCCCAACGAGACGCGCAGCCUCAUGUGGGUGAACAAGGAGUCCUUCCUCUGAAGAUGGUUCUUGCUGAUGUUGCUGGACAAUCGCUUCCGAAAUCUAUUCUUAGAUAACCCAGCACAAGCCUUCACCAAGGCACACCACACCGUUGCUGUUUCCCGUCGGUGCCAAUGACCUACUGGCCCCGAUUAUUUGGAAAGUGUAAUUCCCCUCUGAUGCAAUGUCCCCGACAAAGGAGCGCGAUGUACCCGCCCGAGAAGAUCCCUUCUGUGUUCUGUGCCGGCUCCCUGCAGCCAAUUGUUCUCGGCCGUGCCGUUGGCCGCUCGCGCGGACCUCCGUGGCAUUGGCAGGCGAGUCCCAUAUUUCACGGUUCCACGGAGUGACCCUGGUGUUUUGUUUCUAAGUUGAGUGAUCCCCCCUUCUUUGUUAGCCUUUACCUAAAAAAUAACAAUGUGUGUGGGUUCUUUCCCAAGUGUAACAUGGUAACGUGUAACUUGCAAUGUUGUGCAACUCUCAAAGCAGGCUUUGUGAACAUGUGACGCAAACAGCAGGGAAUGGGACUCAAGUGGGCUUCCCGUGCACAGCUCAGCUUUUUCAGGGAAGGGAGAUGACAAAAUAAAAGGAGAGCUAUUGAACGAGUAUUCAUAGUGUGUUUAUGAUCAUAAUGUGUUUAAACAGUUUCAGGUACCUAAAUUGUGCUGUGACGGAGUGGCGAUGGGGAAAGGCAGGGUGUGGACCACUGUUAAACAAGGCGACGGCAGUUACAGGGUCAUCUCGUUGGCCAGCUGCCCUAGUGUCCAGACGUGCAUAUUGACGCCAUUCCCACCCUCUCCUCCACUUGAACUUUGUAAAACUGUGUAUGGAACUGUAAUCAACUUUUGAUAUUUCUUAAUAAAGGUGUUGAAAAUCAUA